CGGGCGGGCGGCGGAGCGGCGGAUCGGAGCGGCGGAGCGGCGCGGCCAUGCUGCUGGACGCCGGCCCGCAGUUCCCGGCGCUCGGCGUGGGCACCUUCGCCCGGCACCACCACUCGGCCGCGGCCGAGAUGCAGGAGCGGGAGCUGAGCCUGGCGGCGCAGAACGGCUUCGUGGACUCGGCGCACAUGGGCGCCUUCAAGCUGAACGCCGGCGCCCACGAGCUGUCCCCGGGGCAGAGCUCGGCGUUCACCUCGCAGGCGCCCGGCUACCCCGCGGCCGCUCUGGGGCCGCACGCCGCGCACGUCGGCUCCUACUCGGGGCCGCCUUUCAACUCCACCCGGGACUUCUUGUUUCGCAGCCGCGGCUUCGGGGAGGCGGCGGCGGGCGGCGGGCAGCACGGCAUCUUCGGGCCGGCGGCCGGCGGCCUGCACCACCCGCACACGGACGCUCAGAGCCACCUCCUGUUCCCCGGCAUCCACGAGCAGCACGGCCCGCACGCCUCGCAGAACGUCCUCAACGGACAGAUGCGGCUGGGGCUGCCCGGGGAGGUGUUCGCCCGCUCCGAGCAGUACCGUCAGGUCGCCAGCCCCAGGACUGACCCCUACGCUGCGGCGCAGCUGCACAACCAGUACGGCCCCAUGAAUAUGAACGUGGGCAUGAACGUGGCGGCCCAUCACCACCACCACCCCGGUGCCUUUUUCCGCUACAUGCGACAGCAGUGCAUCAAGCAGGAGCUGAUCUGCAAGUGGAUCGACCCCGAGCAGCUGAGCAACCCCAAAAAAAGUUGCAAUAAAACUUUCAGCACCAUGCACGAGCUGGUCACCCACGUCUCGGUGGAGCACGUCGGGGGGCCCGAGCAGAGCAACCACGUCUGCUACUGGGAGGAGUGUCCCCGCGAGGGCAAGCCCUUCAAGGCCAAGUACAAACUGGUCAACCACAUCCGCGUGCACACGGGCGAGAAGCCCUUCCCCUGCCCCUUCCCCGGCUGCGGGAAGGUCUUCGCCAGGUCGGAGAACCUCAAGAUCCACAAACGGACUCACACAGGGGAGAAGCCCUUCCAGUGCGAGUUCGAGGGCUGCGACCGGCGCUUCGCCAACAGCAGCGACCGCAAGAAGCACAUGCACGUGCACACGUCGGACAAGCCGUACCUGUGCAAGAUGUGCGACAAGUCGUAUACGCAUCCCAGCUCCCUGCGGAAGCACAUGAAGGUGCACGAGUCGUCCCCGCAAGGCUCAGAGUCCUCGCCGGCCGCCAGCUCCGGCUACGAGUCCUCCACGCCCCCGGGGCUGGUGUCCCCCAGCGCCGAGCCGCAGAGCUCCACCAAUCUCUCCCCUGCGGCGGCGGCUGCGGCUGCGGCGGCGGCGGCGGCGGCCGUGACAGCCGUUCACCGGAGCGGCGGCGGCGGCGGAGGAGGGAGCGGCGGCGGCGGCGGCGGCGGUCACAGCGGCCUCUCCUCCAACUUCAACGAGUGGUACGUGUAGGGCCGCCGGACUGCUCUGCGGCCCCGCCGCCGCCGCCCCUCCCGGGUCGGAGGAAGCGCUCCCGGAGCCCGCUCCGCAUGGAGCUCCCCGCGCUGCCGG